AUGGCCAACAUAAGCUACCACGACUUCUUGGAGGGUGUUUCCCGAGUCGGAAUCGGUUCAAGCAACACCGAAGGAGAGUACAAAUUUGAUAUGGCUGACGUGGCCAAAUUGGUCGAAGACGACGGGUGUGUCUUGGACGAAACCCAGGAAAAGUUCAAAUCCUUGCCGCCUCUUGAUAUUCACAGUUUCGACAACUACCAGGCAUUGGAGCAGUUUGGUACUGUUGCAGUGGCGGCAUUCCACGACAGAUUGUAUGGAGACUUUUUCUACGCCUGGGAAGCCAUCAACCAUAACGGUUUUGUGGAUGAGUUGAACGAUUUGAGCACUGGGGAGUUGUACCAUGAGUUGCAACAAUGGCUUCUGGUGGAUCCAGAUUUUGUGCAACAGCUUGCAAACACCCUGUCUGUUGAAGGCGUGAGAGCGUUGUAUGAGGGUGUUUUGAACUGGACAGAGCAGCCAAGCUGGCAAGAUCGGUUGCUGAACCUCUUGAAUGGCCAGCUUGUGUGGUCGUAA